AUGCCACCUGUUGCUGACAGCAAAAUUGACGCAAAUGUCAUCGAACAGGUGCGUUCCCAAGUGGCAGACAUCCUCCACCCUCGUUACAACACAGAGUUUAACUUCCUUCGUUGGCUACAGUCAUACGAUUUCAAUGUAUCGAAGACAGUUCACAAUCUUCGUAAACAUUUGAAAUGGCGGAAAGAGCGGCACCUGGAUGAAGAUGCUCGUGGUCUUCAAAGUUCAGCAAUCACCGCCGAAUUUGCCCCUCUCUCUGUGGUUGGAUGGAAUCGUCGCGAAGGCGGUGACCGUCUUAUAGUGGUUGAACAGAGCGGACGAGUUGACAUCGGCGGUGUGAUGAAAUCGAUACAGCCAACAGAGUACUUGCACCAGCUGUACAGAAAUUUCGAGAAUCUUCUCACAAUGGUUAUGGAGAUGGAAGCAAAAUUGGGCACACAGUGUUCUGUGCUGUACAUUUUUGAUCUGGAUGGCUUGAGUUUUGAUCCGUCACUUCUCGGAGUCCUUAACGGUCCAUUCCGCGUAUCCUGGCAAAGCCUCGGCAUACACUAUAGGGAAUUGAUCGAUCGAUUUGUUGUGAUCAACACUCCAAGCUACAUCAAUGUGCUAUGGACUGCACUUUCAACUUUUGUCCCGGAACAAUCGAAGAGUCGAAUUGUUAUCACUGGUAAAAAUUGGCGAGAGGAACUGCUUGAAAUGGCCGACGCAGAUUGCCUCCCGGAACGAUUUGGAGGAAAAAUUCCCGACGAAAUAGCGCUGAAAGAUCCUCAGCCAGUGCCGAAGGACCUUUAUUGGCGGCCGAAACCGGAUUAUCCAAGCGUUGCAUCGAUGCAUCGUGUCUCGACGCCAGCAGGAAAAACGCGAACGUUGACCUACUACGUCGAAGCUGGAACGGAGCUGAAUCUGUACUCACAUAAUGAGUCGGACUUCACAUUUGGAAUCUAUUAUUCAGAAAAAGAGGCAGCACCAGAAGACGAACACGAAACUCUGUUACCAGCGACUCAAAAAUGUGCCCUCCCUGCCGUUGAUCUCUAUAACUUGGACGCUACGCGCACCGGUUACUAUCACUUGAGGAUAACAAACGAUGCCGCGUGGCUGUUCUCCUCCACGUACAAAAUAAUUGUCCAUGAGAAGUCUGGCAAGGAAAUUGAAGCAUUGAACCAGAAAGAAAAAUGGAUCAAGCAGGGAUCUAAGUCAAAAUAG